AUGGGCAAAGUACCAAGAUAUGGUGCUCUUGCGUCACUGGCAACUCCACGCUCCGAAGCCGCGGUUGCGAACCAGAAUCAGCGAAUGAUUUUCAAAAAGUCUCAAAGUCCGCACCAGGGAUCAGAGGAUAUAGGUGGUGAUUCGACCUUAUAUCGGCGACCGUUGCCAACGCGGCAGCCUCUCCUCACUUCCUCUCCCGCCCAAAGACCACCGCGAGUUCCGGUGUCGCUCGUCCUUGUGCUCCCUCCGCCGCCGCCGCCGCCGCCGCCGCCGCUACCGCCGCUGUCGCUUCCACCUGGAGGGAGUCGGCAGCGCGGGGCGGCGGGCGUGCGAGUGAGCCGAUGGCGUGAUACCACAGUCAGCACUCGAGGAGGAGAUCGCGCAGAUCCCUCCCGGCGAGGAUUCCCGGCCGGCGAGGCGUGCGAUCUGGCCGGCCCGCGCCGAAGGGGGGCGGGGGCGCGCGGGGGGCAACGCCGCCUCUACGGGGCCCAUUGGGGGAUGGCACCGUUAUGGGUGCACGCCAACUCUCAGGGGUGCAUGGAUGAAUGCAUGGAUAAUGAGAGAAAGAGACCAUUUUCCGUCGAGGCCUUUGAGGCCGAGUAUGGAGUCGCCUCGUCAAGAUUCCUGCGGGGAUAG